AUGGCGGCGCUCGGAGACAACUCAGAUCCGGGGAUGAACGAGUUAAUACAACAAUUUACAGCAAUAACAGGGGCCACAGAGAGUGUGGGAAAACAUAUGCUGGAAGCAUGCAACAACAACCUGGAGAUGGCAGUGACAAUGUUUCUGGAUGGAGGUGGAUUAGCAGAAGAGCCCAGCACUAGUUCCAGCACUACAGCAUCAAGCAGUAGAGCUCCUCCAGCUGACGAAGUAAGAGCUCCAAUUCCCCAGAAGCAGGAAAUCUUGGUAGAACCAGAACCUUUAUUUGGAGUGCCAAAACGAAGAAGACCUGCCCGUUCAAUAUUUGACGGCUUUCGUGAUUUCCAAACUGAAACAAUACGCCAGGAGCAGGAACUGAGAAAUGGUGGAGCGGUCGACAAGAAACUUAGCACUUUGGCAGACCUUUUCCGUCCACCUAUUGAGCUCAUGCACAAAGGAAGCUUUGAAACGGCAAAAGACUGUGGACAGCUGGAGAACAAGUGGCUUAUGAUCAACAUUCAAAAUGUUCAAGACUUUGCCUGCCAGUGUUUGAACCGAGAUGUCUGGAGCAAUGAUGCUGUGAAGACUAUCAUUAGAGAGCAUUUUAUAUUUUGGCAGGUCUAUCAUGAUAGCGAAGAAGGACAAAGAUAUAUCCAAUUUUACAAGCUUAACAAAUUUCCUUACAUUUCAAUCCUAGAUCCUCGCACAGGUCAGAAGAUGGUGGAAUGGAACGAAUUAGAUGUGGCGUCUUUUCUGGAGCAGACAACCGGCUUCCUUACUGAACAUGGGCAAUUAGACGGCCCAUCAUGCCCUGCCCCUCCUGCAAAAAGAGCACGUUCUGAGAGUUUAAUCGAUGCCAGUGAGGACAGUCAGCUGGAAGCAGCAAUACGUGCAUCGUUGCAGGAGACUCACUACGAGUCUUCAAACGUCACUGAUACCCCAGGAUCCCUGCGCUCAGAUGAAGACUCCGAUGCAGAGCCUUUCUCUGACAGCGAAGGGCCCAUCUCUGUGGACGGUUCAGACAGUGAACUCUCAGAGCCCAAUGAAGGGAGUGGUUCCUCUUCUACUAAGGAUGUCUCAGCUCCUACCUCUGCCCCACAACAUUCGCAGCACGAUACUUCCCCUUCAUGUCACAGAAAGUCCCCAUACAAAGAAAACAACCAGGGUCACAAGAAAGAGGAGAGCAAAAAGAACCACCUGGAUACUCCAGUGACCAGUGGACUUCCGGCUGAGGCAGAUUCAAGGGGGGACCACUGUGUCAAAACAUCCAAAAGUGAAGGACCUUGUAAAAAAAGCACUUCCAAAUCCAGUGACUUUGACUGCCCUGAGGAUAAUGGCCCUAAAGCCAGACUGAUGCUACGUUAUCCAGAUGGUCAAAAAGAACAGAUUUCGUUAUCCUCAAACGCAAAACUACUGGCAUUGAUAAAACAUGUGCAGUCAAAAGGAUACCCCAAUGAACGCUUUGAACUUGUAACCAACUUCCCUAGGAGAAAGCUCGCCCAUUUGGACUAUGACAUCACCCUGCAGGAGGCGGGCUUAUGUCCACAGGAGACAGUGUUUGUGCAGGAGAGGAAUUAA